UAUAACGAGCAAUGUGCAUUUGUAUAUUACUUUUGGUAUUUAACUAACUGUAGUGUUUUAAAUUUUACCCUUAAUAUUCAUUUUGUCACAUCUUCUAUACUAUUAUACUUUAGUUUAAGCAUACAAACACGUAUAUAUUUUAGAUUACACAUUAUUAGAACCAGAACAGGCGGAUAAAAUAAGGUCAAUUUUAGGAGUGAAUUAUAAUAAAAAUACAGAUUUAAUCAGAGGUGAACCAAGAAAUGUAUGGUUUUUUAUACCAUUUACAUACAAAUAUCAACUAAAAAAUUUAUACAAGUUUCAUCUCAAACAAGGUACCAAAUUAGUAUUUUAUUUCGGAUCAAAAAAUUAUUUAAGUAUUAAUUCUGGAUAUGGAACACCAUAUUCAAGGCUUCUUCCACCUUCGAACACAAGCCAAAAGAUGCCACAACUGUCUAUAUUACACACAACACUAUUUCAAAGGUCUCAAAUGAAGUUUAUUCCUAAUCCAGAGAAUACGAACUUAUUAUUUUUUUCAUUUUAUCAAUACUUUGUUCUACAAUUUUUUAACACAGACUCAAAACUAGAGGUAACUGCUUCUCAAUUAUACGGAUCCAAUGAUAAUACAAUGAAGCAGUUGAGAAGUUUUACUAAAGGAAAAUUGAAAACCGAACAUUUUAAUGGAGAACAUUAUCCUCCAUAUUUAUCAUCAGUUAAAAAUGUUCAUAUGGUCUAUCCUUCAAACAAAUAUGAUUCUAAUAAUUAUUGGGUGAGAUUUUAAUUUCAUACAUAUAUGUAUAAAAACCCAAAAGCAUACUAAAUCAAGCACUUUCAAUAUACAUAAGUUUGAUAGAAUCGUACAUUCUAAUGACUUUAAGAAUCAAGAUCCAAAAUGGGCAAUGGGUCAUCCAUUGUUAAGUAUGAACCCACUUUUAUUUGUCAUGUCAACUCUUUGGAUUCGCGAACACAAUCGUGUGUGUAAUAUAUUAUUUAAAAAGUGUCCUCAAUGGUCGGAUGAACGUUUAUAUGAUACUAGUAAAUUGAUUGUUAUUGGCGAAAUGAUAUCCAUCAUGUCAAAUGAAAUAAUGAAUGCUCAUACAAAGUAUUCAUUAAAACUACGUUAUGAGCCGGAAAUUUUACAAACUAGUGUAUCUAUUCCUCUUGCAAAUGGAAUCAAUUCUCCAGAUGAAUUACUUUUUGCUACUAUGUGGCCAUCUAGCCUACCCGAUAAACUAAAUCUUACAAGUCUCAGUUCAUUACUAUUUGGUAAUAAUCGACAACUCUUUGUUGAUGGAUUAAGCAACAUAAUUCAAUUAAUGAUAAGUCAAAAAAUGGGCAUGAUUACGAGUAAUAAUGACGGCCCUGCAACAGAGCCACUAACUAAAGUGAUGUUAAAGCUUUCUAGAGAAAAAAAGUUUCAAAGUUUUAAUAAUUAUCGAAGGCACUUAGGUUUAGUGCCAUAUAAUAACUUUUAUUCUUUAACUAAAGAUAAAAAACUAGCUGUUCAACUAAAAAACUUAUACGAAGACAUUGAAAACGUUGAGUUAAUACCAGGAAUGUUGGUGGAAAAACAUAAAAAUGGGGUAGUAUCUUCCACUAAUAUGGCUAUUUCAAACAACUUGAUAAUGACUGCAAUUUUAUCCAGUCCAAUUGGAAGCGAAAGUUGGUGGAAACAAGACACCUUUGGUGGUGAUGAAGGAUUUGAAAUAGUAAAAACAGCUACUAUUAAAAAAUUAAUUUGUUAUAAUUUAAUAGAUCAAUGUAAAAGUUUUGAUGUUAAGUUAAAAUCAAUGUAGUUAAUUUCUACUAAUA